CACGCAACAACUAUAGGUUCGGAGCAAAGGGAAAUAUUCUUGUUCGGUGGUGGUGGCAAUGGCGAUCGGUGACUCGGAGAUCAAGGACGACCUGGAAGGGGAGACGGUGGUCCUCGACGGCGAGGCUGCGGGGCGCCCGCGCCGCGUCGCGCUCUUCGUCGAACCGUCGCCCUUCGCCUACAUCUCCGGGUACAAGAACCGCUUCCAGAACUUCAUCAAGCACCUGCGUGAAAUGGGCGACGAGGUCAUCGUUGUGACCAACCACGAGGGGGUUCCACAGGAGUUCCACGGUGCCAAAGUUAUCGGUUCAUGGAGCUUUCCAUGUCCGCUGUAUGGAAAAGUUCCUCUGUCCCUUGCGCUCAGUCCCAGGAUCAUUUCUGAGGUUGCCAAGUUCAAGCCUGACAUCAUUCAUGCGUCCUCACCUGGAAUUAUGGUUUUUGGGGCUCUUGCUAUCGCUAAACUGCUCAGUGUGCCUCUAGUGAUGUCCUACCACACCCAUGUCCCAGUAUACAUUCCAAGAUAUACAUUUAGCUGGCUCGUAGAGCCAAUGUGGCAAGUCAUCAGGUUCCUUCAUAGAGCUGCUGAUCUGACUUUGGUACCAUCUGCUGCUAUCAGCAAGGAUUUUGAGACUGCCCAUGUCAUUUCAGCUAACAGAAUACGCCUUUGGAACAAAGGUGUUGAUUCUGCCAGCUUCCAUCCCAGAUUCCGCAGCCAUGAGAUGCGAGUUAGGCUAAGUAAUGGUGAGCCCGAAAGACCAUUGAUAAUUCACGUCGGACGCUUUGGGCGCGAGAAAAACUUGGAUUUUCUGAAAAUGGUAAUGGAUCGGUUGCCCGGAGUAAGGAUUGCAUUUAUCGGGGAUGGACCAUAUAGGACUGAGCUAGAGGAGAUGUUUGAGGGGAUGCCAGUGGUGUUCACCGGAAUGAUGCAAGGCGAGGAGCUCUCGCAGGCAUACGCAAGCGGCGAUGUUUUCGUGAUGCCCUCGGAGUCCGAGACACUCGGCCAAGUAGUCCUGGAGUCCAUGUCAUCUGGAGUCCCCGUAGUGGCGGUCCGUGCCGGUGGGAUCCCUGAUAUAAUUCCAGAAGAUGUGGAGGGCAAGACCAGCUUCCUAUUUGCCCCGGGCGACCUCGACGAUUGUGUUGGCAAGAUUGAGCUGCUACUGACAGACAGGGCAUUCAGAGAUGAAAUGGGGACGACUGCCAGGGCCGAGAUGGAGAAGUGCGACUGGAGGGCGGCUUCCAAGACAAUCCGCAACGAGUUCUAUAACGCAGCCAUCUUCUACUGGCGGAAGAAGCGCGCAGAACUCUUCCAACCGUUGCAGUGGCUGGCGCAGAUGUUCAUACCAACAACGAACCACGUCAGCCGCAUCGCCCAAUGCUGAUGCCUCUAGAUAGAUGGACAAUUCCAUGCACUCCUUGUACAUUCCUGAUCUAUAGUCCAGUGUCAAUAGGUGAGAUAUAUUUUCUGUUUUGUGUUUGUGUGAAAAUGGGAUAUUGUGAUUGGUUGUAUUGUAAUAGUAAGAUUUUUGGUGGUGAGCAUGACCCAUCGUUCUUGUGGAUACGAGUAGAAUCAAUAUCAGAUCAAGAAAUAUCAAAAAAUGAUAGCUUCA